AUGCGUGGCUUGUGUUUCAGUGUAAUCAUAGUUAUGAUCAUAUUGGCACAUUAUUGCCAAUGUGGAGAAUCAUCAAUCUCUAGCCUUGGUGUGAACUGGGGAGCUCUGGCUUCUCAUCCAUUGGACCCAGGGAUUGUGGUUCAGAUGCUGAAGGACAAUGGGAUCAAGAAGGUGAAGCUGUUCGAUGCAGAUUCUUGGACUGUGAGUGCAUUUUAUGGGACAGAUAUACAGGUCAUUCUGGGAAUUCCCAAUGAUCAAUUGCAAAAAAUUGCUCAUAAUAGCAGAGAUGCUGAACACUGGGUCAAGGAAAAUGUCACCAAGCAUCUUCAUGAUGAUGGGGUCAACAUCAAAUACGUAGCGGUUGGAAAUGAACCAUUCCUCUCAAGUUACAAUGGAAGCUACGUGAAGGUGACAUAUCCAGCAAUGGUGAAUAUUCAGAGCGCUCUAGAGAAAGCUGGUCAUGCAGAUACAGUGAAGGUCACUACACCCAUGAACGCCGACGUUUACGAGUCCUCCUCCAACAAGCCGUCGGACGGACAAUUCCGCGACGACAUCUCCGGCGAGAUAAAACAGAUAUUGAGCUUCCUCAACGACAACAAAUCACCAUUCAUGGUCAACAUAUACCCUUUCCUUAGUCUCUACCAAGUCGCAGGGUUCCCUGGAAACUUCGCAUACUUCGACGAUAACGCCAAACCAAUCAGCGACGAGAACAACGUUCAAUACACUAACGUGUUCGACGCAAACUUCGACACUCUCAUUUACGCACUGAAAAAAGUAGGAUUUCCUAACCUGAGCAUCCAAGUAGGUGAAGUAGGAUGGCCAACAGAUGGUGAUCACACUGGCAAUGCAAACCCUAGCAACGCACAGAGAUUCUACAAAGGACUUAUGAAGAAGGUGGCGAACAAGAAAGGAACCCCACUUCAUCCUGAGCCUACAGAGAUGUACUUGUUCUCUCUUUUUGAUGAAGAUUUGAAGAGUAUAGCGCCAGGAAGCUUCGAGCGUCACUGGGGGAUUUUUCGCUACGAUGGAAGACCAAAGUUUCGUAUAGAUUUUUCAGGUGAAGGAGAAGAUAAGUGGCCUGUAGGAGUGAAAGGAGUGAAGUAUCAAGAACGUCAAUGGUGUGUGGUGAAGAGUAAUGUGAGGGACGAGAGUGCCUUGGCAGCUACAUUAGGUUAUGCUUGUGCUAAUGCAGAUUGUACGAGCUUAGGGGCUAAUUGUUCGUGCAUGCAUAUGGAUCUUGUAGGGCAAGUCUCGUAUGCUUUUAAUCAGUUUUUUCAAGCCAGAGAUCAGGACGUUGAGGCUUGUGAUUUCAAGGGAAUGGCAACUAUUGUGAAACAAGAUCCAUCAAAAGGGACUUGCUUUUUCCCAGUAGAAAUAGUUAGUGGUGGAGUGAUGCUUCACGCAGUACACUAUUUGGGAGGCAUUUUGGUUUGCUUCUUGUUCAUGUUCGUCACAUUGGCCUAAGGAGAAACAGAGAUAGCUAGAUGGCACAACACAUGCGAUCAAACGAACUUGGAAUAAUUUACUUAGUGUGCCAUUGUUGUUGUGCAAGUGGAUAGCAUCAAGCCAACAUAGCGGGAUAAGAUUUGUUGUUAUUGUAUGCUAGGUAUAUACAAAAGCAAGAGAUGUAUAAGCGGGUACAGAGCAGUGUCUUAGUUUAUAGUGAAAUAGCACCAAAGGAAUAAUGGUAAGGCAAUGGUAUUUUCAUAUUUUGCCCUAUUGCAGUGGUAGAUUCCCAUAAUUAAAAGCACCAAGGACAAUAUUGAGUUUCUCUGCCA